AUGUCAGACACUACGCUACCAGAGCAGCAUAUAUCUACUACAGCUUCUAUAAUUACCAAGGCAUUUACCGCCCUCAUCGCACUACUAGCGAUCAUCCUGGCGUUCUCCAGCUCCUUCCGUAACGCCAUAUCCUCUGCCCUCACAAAGCCCAACGUCCGCGCAAUGUCUACCACCGCUGCACCCGCCAGCAUGAAGAUCACUAAGCGACCCUGGUCGCAUCGAGGCCACGCCGACCACGACUGGCUCUAUACCUACCACACCUUCUCCUUCGCAUCUUACUAUGACCCACGCCACGAGUCCUGGGGCCCUUUGCGCGUCAUCAAUGAAGAUCGUGUCAAACCUGGUACAGGGUUUGGCGCACAUUCGCACGCUGAAUUUCUGAUCUUCAGCUACAUCGUAAACGGCACGCUCGAGCACAAAGACAGCAUGGGCAACCUGGAGAAUCUGAAGCGUGGAGAGGUGCAAUUCACGAGUGCGGGAACAGGCAUCAGGCAUUCCGAGUACAACCGCAACAAGGAUGACGAAGUGCAUUUCCUGCAGAUUUGGGCGAAGCCGAACAAGGGAGGUUUGAAGCCGCACUAUGAGACGAAGAAGUUUAGCGAUGAGCAGAAGACGGACAAGCUGUGCAGGAUCAUGGAGAGCACCGAUCGUUUGGGUGACGAGAAACACGCUAUUGGGCUACAGGCCGAUUUAAGCAUGGAUGCGAGUAUUCUUUCACCGGGCAAGAAGGUUACUCAUGAGGUUGUUGCUGAGGGCCCGAGGAAGUUGUUUGCGCAGGUCAUCAUGGGCAAGAGGGCGCAGCCAAAGUCUGGUGGUGCACAGAUCAAGAUUGGCGAGACGGUGAUUGGAGAAGGGGAUGGUGCGUAUAUCGACGGUGUGAAGGGGCCGCUGAGCAUCGAGAUUGAAAGUGUAGGGGACAAGCCGGCUGAAUUCUUGCUGUUCGAUAUGGGUCCCGAACAGCAGUGA